CUCCCGCCGUCGGCGUAACCGUUCACCCCAUCCAAAUAGAAGGGCCGGCACGGAUGCUCUCGUAUCUCUUGUCUGGAGCGGCGAAUUUCCAUCUGUUUCUGCGAACGCAAAGUCAAGCAUGGGCGAUACAUUCUUCUAUUCUUCUGUGGGUUUCCCCCCUACAUCCCUCAAAAAUGGAUUGAAAUCAAGGAGUUUCUCCGGGGACCAAGCGGAUGAUUGGGAUGGUGUUGCAGCGGACGAAGACGUCCCGCUUGUCUCUCCACCGAUUGCUGCCCCUCUCUUAUCAUCACAACGUCGAAGCGACCCUCCCAAAUUUCCUUGUAGGUGCUGGACCCUAGUGAUGGUCAUAGCAGACGAUAAAAUUUCAGACGAGGAGUUAGUGGACGAAUUGGAGAGAAUGAGGACUAUGGAGAAUGUGUGGCAGUGGCAGUGGGGAAAGAACGUCGCGACACCUUCCACGGCAACAACUAUCUCUACUGCUGAUCCAGAGAUGCCUCUAGUCGAUGUCUCGCACGAUGAGCGUGUUACACUCAAACCCCCCCUGUCUUGUUUGUCCGACCCAGUUCUCAGCGCAGUCUGGCAAACUACUCGACAGGCAUUGCUCAUUUGCAGGGAAUUCGUUCGUACCGAGCGGCAUUAUCUAUUGGCUAUUCGUAGCCUUUCAUCCGGUGAUACGCUCACCAAACCUCCGGCUCUGAUGCUCGCCUAUCUGCCGGCUCUCAUCGAAGCUAGCGAAGACCUACUGGAGAGACUAGAAGUCAAUCCGAGCGUACCAGGCGUCGCUAAUGCUUUCUUGCUCUGUGGAGACAAACUGGACGCCGCGUUGGUUGCAUGGUGCGGUGUCGUCGGGGGAUUUUUCGUUAGUGCUGACGAAGGAGUAGUAAAGCGUGAGCGUGCGAUCAGUUCUACGACGCCGAGAGUGGAUGAAAACGCGGCCAACACUACGAUCAAACGUCGAGUGAACUCGUGGGGCAAAAGGAUCAAUUCUAUCAAAGCUCUUGGAAACAGCGCUCCUUCCACCCUUUCCCAGGAGUCACACAAGCUGCCCCAAAACAACCGGGAACAGUGUUGGCCCUCUGUUCGAGACUUGGCCAUUUUACCUACUCAGCGUAUCAUGCGAUACACUUUGCUAUUUAAAGAUCUUUAUUCCCAUGCCCCCACUGGCAGUUCCUCUCGCGAUGGUAUAGAAAAGGCAAUGAACGCAGCCAUUUCUCUUGCUCGGAAAUGUGACAGGGCUCAAGGAAACGCCGCGUUCCUGCACAAGCCCACGAAAAACACAUGAGCUGGCCGGAUACCCAGUGUGCCGAAUUUAUUUAUUUCCUAUCUAUCAAGGUAUUUUGUCUAGAGCCUCGGAGAUUGGGUUUCAUUUGAUUGCUUCACUAUAUGAUAUCGAUGUAAACACUCGCACUAAUAGUUAGUAGAUGUAUACAGUCAAUUUACAAUAGACACUCCCUUGCUAUCAUGUCGGUGGCCGGAUG